AUGUCGGCCAGAAGAGCAACCCACGCAGGCAGCUGGUACACGGAUUCGGGCACUGAGCUUUCCAGGCAGUUGGACCGGUGGUUGGGUGCUGCGGAUCUCUCUCAUGGUCCUGCUCGCGCAAUUAUUGCUCCACAUGCCGGAUAUACGUACUGUGGUGCCUGCGGAGCGUUUGCCUAUCGCCAAGUCAGCCCUGUUGUCGUCAAGCGAAUCUUCAUACUGGGUCCCUCGCAUCAUGUGCGCCUGCGUGGUUGUGCCUUAUCCGUGGCGAAGAAGUACAGGACUCCCCUCUAUGAUCUCAAAAUUGAUACUCAGAUCAACGCUGAGCUGGAGAAGACUGGACUGUUUUCUUGGAUGGACAUGAAAACUGACGAGGAUGAGCACUCCAUUGAGAUGCAUUUGCCUUACAUAGCUAAAGUGAUGGAGGACUACAGGGACCAGUUCACCAUUGUGCCUAUCCUGGUGGGCUCGCUCAACCCCGAGCAGGAGGCGCAGUACGGUAGCCUGCUGUCCCCCUACUUGAUGGACCCCACCAACCUGUUUGUGAUAUCCUCCGACUUCUGCCACUGGGGCCAGCGCUUUAGCUACACGUACUACGAUCGCUCCUGCGGCGCCAUCCACAAGUCCAUCGAGAAGCUGGACAAGCAGGGCAUGGACAUCAUCGAGACGCUCAGUCCGCAGUCCUUCACGGAGUACUUGCGCAAGUACAACAACACGAUAUGUGGCCGUCAUCCCAUCGGAGUGAUGCUGGGCGCCGUGAAGGCCCUGCAGGAUCAGGGCUACGACAAGAUGAGUUUCAAGUUCCUCAAGUACGCCCAAAGCAGCCAGUGCCAGGACAUGGAGGACUCCAGCGUCAGCUACGCCUCCGGAUCCCUUGUCUUUGAGAUUUGAACGCAAACAAGUAUUUUAGCCACUCCACAGCGCAUCUUAUACGUGAAUCUUAAGAAUAACGUUUUUAUAAUUACUAGCAUCAAAUUGAAAAUUUAAAAUAAAUCCAAUUAUCUCAAGAA